AUGAAGGUGGUCUCUGUGGCACUUUUGCUGUCCGCUGUGUCGGCCGUCGUGGUCAAACGCAGUGUCUCAUUCGGCAACAGCACUGUCGACUUGGCCUCCUCGUCGAGCAGCUUUGAUACUGCUCCUUCAGUAACUAGUUCGCUUGGAAUAUCUUCAGCGUCUCUUUCUUUCGGCAUCAAUGGCACAGGCAUCAGCACAGUAGCUACUUCGAUUGCGAGUACAUCACUGACCAGCGCCGCCAUAAUUGGCACGUCUGCCACCAAAGUUGCAGCAGUUGCGGGAGGUGGCGUGACGACAACCACUAAAACCGUGUCGUACACUGUGCCCUUUGAUGCGAGCACUGUUGUUCCAGUCAUCAUCAAGAUUGGUGUCACCUUUACUACCAUCGUUCACGCGCCUGCCUACACGCUGACUGCCUAUGUACCCGUUUCAGAGCGGCCAUCGUGGGUCAAUCAGCAAAAUUUGGCAGUCUUGGCGCCGGUCAUACCCUCUCACAUUGACACGAGCGAUCCUGUACACUACGUACCUAAUGUACAAACAACCAUUCAGUAUGCCACUGCGCCUCAAGGCAACCGCCCUCAGGACGUCUCAAACAUCAAUAUUGGCUUCCAGCAUCCUGCUGUCGUGAUUGACCAUACAGAUCACAUUACUGCCUCGUAUGCAGGUCCAAAUGCCAUGGUCUUGACUUUUGCCAACGCACAAGCAUUACAGUAUGCUGCCACAAAUUGGUUGCCAGCAGGACAAGCUGCUGUGGUGAUUGUGGCAUAUCUGCCUGGUUCCCCUGACUUUGCACUCGGUGGUAACACCUAUUUCACUGCAAUCAACAUUGUCUGCAAUACACGACAACUUUCAUGUACAGUGCAGGGAAUUGACGGAGGACUUGAGUCUGCCAUUGACCAUUUCGAUGCUGACAUCAAUACUGGCUUUGUCCCAGUUUACUCUGAUACCAAGACAGGGUCAACGGGCAUGGGUUCUUCACGUCCUGUCGUUUCUACCAAUGGUCUGCCGUCAUGCGCUUUUGGAGAUGACUUUGACGAAUGUCUCGAUCGUCAGUUGGGAUACAUUGACUUCAAGGACAACUUGGCUGCUGGUCUGAGUGAAAUUGCUCCUGGUGCCACUUCAACGGAGGGCACUGAAUUCUUGUUGGACAAACGUAGUGCUCCUCGGGGUUCCAGGGCAUCAAGGCUGAACAAACGAUGCUGCCGCUUUCUUGGUCGCGUAUUCACAGCAAUUGUCGCUCCAGCACGGCGGUACAUCGUUGAGCCCAUCAAAAAGGUCGUCCAGGUCAUCAAGAAUGUCGUUGACGAGCUCACAUCCAUUGACAGAACUUUGCAGACCACAAAAUCCUUGCAAUAUCCUCCAGACGACUACGGCUCGUAUGUGACCUCUCCAUUCGGCCAAAAGAGCAUUGUCAUUACACAAGGUGAGGAUCUGACCGCUUGGUGCGUCGACUGUGGCACUCAAGGCUCCGUUACAAUCGCUGGACGUCUGGCUGCUAGUCUGACACAAGGUUUCACACAAGCAUACAUUGGCAUGAGUGGCAGCAUUGCAGCGGAAGUCAACAUUGGUGUCGAAGCCAAGAAGGAUUUCAAAAAGACAUUCAACAAACAACUUGCCCAGACUGGUGUCAAGUUCCUCGAAGCGCAACCAUUCUAUCGCAUUGGCCCUGCCCUCAUUGUUGGAAUCGACGUCGAUUUGGGUUUGGAACUUCAGACGACUUUCAUUGCUGGUGCACGCGCUGAAAUCAACAACUUUGAGGCACGCGUGAACCUUGUCAACCCCAGCAGCAGCUUUCAAAGAAACUUUCAACCAUCCUUCACUAAACGGUUUGUUGCGAAUGGUCAAAUUAAGGGUUCUAUUGACGUUGGCUUCCCUAUCAGUAUCGCCUUUGGUAUUGAUAUUCUCAGUGGCAAAUUCAAGCGCGAUAUUGCACUCGUGGAGAAGCCAGGUGUUCAUCUGGAUGCAACAGUUGCCUUUUAUGCUUCUGCAAAUGAUGCGCCUCGCAUUGUCACUAUCAACGGCUGUAAGGGAGUUGAAUACGGUGUUGGUCUCUUCAACACAGUUUUCGCCACUGUGGGCACUACGAACUAUCCGUUGUCGACAUUCAAUGUGCCUUUGCUAAAAAGUUGCUUUGCUAUCGCCGGCGUGGAAGAUGCACCCAUGACCGCAGUUCCUCAACCGGAUCCCGCAGACGGUCAAGGAACUCCUGACGACACGGGCUCGACGCCACCAGCAGAUUCUGGUUCCACGCCUCCUCCCGCUGACUCUGGUACAGUGCCUCCCGCUGAUGGAGCCCCAUCAGAAGACACACCAGUUGCUCGGAAGAGGCAAGUCCUUGUUGAGUCCUCGACUUUGUCGCCCUCUUCAAGCAUCGCCUCAAUUUCAGCCAGUGCAAACGCUACGAGCAGUUCAUUCAUUUCGACCAGUGUGGCGUCCACCACGAGUCUCGCAUCCUCAUCUACUCUACUUGAGUCAUCUUCUAUUCUUGCCUCCUCAUUCUCACAGAGUGCUACAGCCUCAGUAGUCGCUUCUGAUUCUACGGUGGAAACGGCUAGCUCAACAGCAUCUUCAUCAACUGUGGCUUCCGCCGCCUCAAUUCGAGUUUCCUCUGCCAGGCCAAGCAGCUCUGCAGCUGCUGGCAAUGGUACAGUCACCGUUGGCCGCCUGCGAGACACAACAACAUUCAACGCCAGCGAUACUCUCGAUGGCUAUGCCCUACCAGCUGACCUACUCAAUUCUGGAGCCUUCAAUGGCACAGAUGGUCUUGAUCUCAACAACACGCAAGCACUCGUUCGUAUUGUCAAUCAGGACAAUGCGCUGCUCUGGUUCAGCGAUUAUGACGGCAAUUUCUACCUAGAGGAGGUGGCCAACGCUGGUCAAAGUGUGGGUGCAGUGGAUUUCAUCCUUGACGAUGAUGUGAUUGUCGCCAACCCACGUGAGCAGUACAUGUUCUACUACGACGACGAGCUCAGCAAAUUGGGUGUUUCGCGUCUUAGGACAAACGACGACUCACUGACACCCAAGACUGCUACUUUGGUGGCAUUCCAAGGUUUCACGUAUCCUGAUGGUACGCCAGCGGUGGGUGCAGUGGACAGCCAACAAAACUUGUUUUACAUCUUGACUUGCGAUAUUCCAUCAAGGGGCACGAUGCUGUUCAUGGCAAAAGAUCCAGAGGCGGGUGCGGCUACAUUGAUGAGCGAUGCUGUGCAGAGCAGUAUCACAGGUGGCAAAGUGACGGAUUGUUAUUACCUUGACUAUGCAGUGGUCAAAUCAGGUGGUCAAUAG